AUGGCUUUCCCCAGCAAUGCCUCCCUAAAAAGUACAUCUGCCUCUUUCCAACCUAGUGGACCAAGUCUAAGUGGUUCGACUUACAGAACAUCAUCCAUCAAAAAGUAUCGAACUCCCAGUGUCCAUGGAGGAGCCGGCGGGUAUGGCACUCGUAUUUCCACCAGCACCAGCUAUGGUGGCCUUGGCAGUGGUUUCCAACUCGGCACUUCCACUAACGACCUGCUGCUUGCCAGCAAUGGAAAAAUUACCAUGCAGAAUUUGAAUGACCGUUUGGCUACCUAUCUGGAAAAAGUGCGCUCCUUAGAGAAUGCUAACUCUCAUCUUGAAAAGCAGAUCCGGUACUGGUACGAGAACAGUUCCCCUGCCGCUAGGCAAGACUACGGUGCAUAUUAUAAAACUAUUGAAGACCUCCAAAACAAGAUUAUCGCAGCACGACUAGGAAACACCCAGAUCAUUCUGGAGAUUGACAAUACUAAGCUGGCUGCCGAUGAUUUUCGAGUGAAGUAUGAGACCGAGCUGAGGCUCAGACUAAGUGUGGAAAAUGACACAGCAGGGCUGAUGAGGCUAAUUGAUGACUUGACCCUGAUUAAGUCUGAUUUGGAGCAUCAGGUCGAAGGUCUGAAGGAAGAAUUGGCUUACCUAAAGAAAAAUCAUGAGGAGGAAAAGGCAAGGUUACACAGGCAGCUGGGUGGAACAGUGUCUGUAGAAGUUGAUGCUGCUCCAGGCAUUAAUCUGGCAGAGAUGAUGGAUAACAUGCGCAAGCAAUACGAAGUCAUGGCUGAAAAGUAUCGUCAAGAGGUUAAGGAGCGGUUUGAUAAACAGGUUGAAGAAUGGAAUGUAGAGGUGACCACCACUACCCAGCAACUUGAGGGCAACAGAAGUGAGAUCACAGAGCGGAGACGCACACUCCAGAACCUUGAGCUUGAACUCCAAUCCCAGCUUAACUUGAAAACAAGUCAGGAGAAUGCUGUGGCAGAAACUGAAGCACGUUUUGGAGCAAUGCUGGACCAAAUACAGGCUGCUAUUGGGAAUGUGGAGGCACAGCUGAUGCAGCUGCGAAGUGACAUGGAGCAUCAGAGUCAGGAGUACAACAGCCUCUUGGACAUAAAAGUCAAGCUAGAGGCAGAGAUUAUCACUUAUCGUCGUCUGCUGGAAGGGGAAGAUAGCAGGGCUAUUCUGUCAGAACUGGAGAGAAUGGAAGAAGCAGAGAGAGAAAAGAAUAAAGUUCUGAGGAUCAAGACUGUGGUCGAAGAGAUGGUUGAUGGGAAAGUGGUAUCAUCCAAAACUGACGAGAGAGAACAGAAGAUAUAGCCAG